AUGCCGCCAGACUCCAUCAAGGUCUACAUCAAAUGGUCGGAGGACACAGCAGAGCUUUUCGAGUAUUUGAAGAUCAAUUGGUCAGAGAAGGAGUUGGUGAAGAUACAAGGUCCAGACGCACCCAUCACAAUAGAUGACAUGUCCAACUGGAUCGAGUCGCGCGUGGAAGAUAUGUAUGAGACCGCGAACCAGGGAAUGGAUAAAAUCAUGGUCCAAGUCCAGUGGAUCGCCACAGCCAGCAGACCCAAAAUGGCGCUGAAGUGGAAUGAUGCCGCCCAUGAGCAUUUCAAAGACGAGGACCUGGUUGUGGUCGGAUGCCAUGCAAUCUCAGAACGCUGGGCAGAAAAAGAGCCCGGCUACACCAAGCAGAAUUUGAAGGAGAUCCGAAAGACUCUACGUUUCGGCUUGAGCGACCGUGUGCUUUGCAACUGUGGAGGGCUAUGGCUUCCCGGUUCUGUGGUCGGCACAGCUGUGGAGUCCGAUGGUGAGAUCUUCCCGUACGUUGUCAAGACAGACCCGAUACCAGGGAUGCCUUCUAGAACUAUCUCUGUUCCAAGCGACAACAACAAGGUCUGUGUCCAGGAGGCCUGGGGCGGAUAG